GGUUUUGGGGUCUUUCCGUGUCUCACAGAGUGCAGGCGACGGUGUGGGCCCAAGCGAGGCGCUACGCGCCAUGACCGACCGUCAGGCGGGCCCGGCGGCGGGGGACUGGGAGAUCGACGUGGAGAGCCUGGAGUUGGAGGAGGAGGGCCGCGGGGCGCCGCCGCCAACGCCGCCCGGGCCCAGCCCGCCUCCGGCCGACGGGGACGGCGAGGACGACGAGGACGAGGACGAAGACGACGACGACGCGGAGGACGAGGGCGACGGCGAGGAGGCGGGCGCGUCCCCAGGGGUGUCGGGCCGGCUAGAGCAGCAGGGUGGGCUGCCGCCGAGGCCGCCUCAGGCGCUGCAGGUCUCUCAGGCCCUCGCCGGGCAAGCGGAGCGCGGCGUGAACGCAGGCGGCGGCGCGGAGCCGCGCAAACUGAGCCGCACGCCCAAGUGCGCGCGGUGCCGCAACCACGGCGUGGUGUCCUGCCUCAAGGGCCACAAGCGCUUCUGUCGCUGGCGGGACUGCCAGUGCGCCAACUGCCUGCUGGUGGUGGAGCGGCAGCGCGUUAUGGCCGCCCAGGUGGCGCUCCGGAGGCAGCAGGCCACCGAGGACAAGAAGGGGCUUUCCGGGAAGCAGAAUAAUUUCGAGCGCAAAGCCGUGUAUCAGAGGCAAGUCAGGGCACCCAGUUUGCUGGCCAAAAGUAUUUUAGAAGGCUACCGUCCUAUUCCAGCAGAGACUUAUGUGGGAGGGAGUUUACCUCUACCUCCCCCAGUAAGUGACCGGAUGAGAAAAAGGCGGGCCUUUGCUGAUAAAGAGUUGGAGAACAUUAUGCUGGAGAGAGAAUAUAAAGAGAGGGAGAUGUUGGAAGCUUCUCAAGCUGCUGCCUUGUUCCUGCCCAACCACAUGGUACAUGGACCUGAAUACAACUCCUACAAAAGUACCUAUAGCCCCAGCCCAGUGGAACCACCAAGCAAAGACUUCUGUAAUUUUUUGCCCACCUGCCUUGAUCUAACCAUGCAGUAUUCAGGGUCUGGGAAUAUGGAACUAAUUUCUUCCAAUGUCAGUGUGGCCACAACUUACAGACAGUAUCCCUUGUCCUCAAGAUUUUUAGUUUGGCCUAAGUGCGGCCCCAUUAGUGACACUCUCCUCUACCAGCAAUGCCUGCUAAAUGCCACCACCUCAGUUCAAUCCCUGAAACCUGGGGCCAGCUGGGACUUGAAGGGAGUACAAGUCCAAGAUGGGCUCGGUGCAGAGCAUGACAUGUUGCCACCAAAAUUGGAAGGCUCUCUGGUGCUGCCUCACACUCCUGAGGUUCAGACCUCAAGAAGUGACCUUCAGGGUCACCAGGCUGUCCCUGAGAGGUCUGCAUUCUCCCCACCCCGACGGAAUUUCUCUUCGAUUGUUGACACGGACUCCCUGGCAGCUCAAGGGCACGUCUUAACCAAGAUCAGCAAAGAAAGCACCAGGCACCCUCUGCCACUUAAACAUAAUCCAUUCCACUCAUUAUUCCAGCAAACUCUUAAUGACAAAUCGAGUCCUGAGUUGAAAACACCAUUUGUCAAAGAGGCCUUUGAAGAGGCCCCUAAGAAACACAGAGAGUGUUUAGUCAAGGAGAACCAGAAGUACACAUUUACAAUAGAUAGAUGCGCAAAAGACCUUUUCGUAGCCAAACAAGUUGGAACAAAACUCUCGGUGAAUGAACCGCUGUCAUUUUCUGUUGAGUCUAUUCUCAAGAGGCCUUCGUCUGCCAUCACUCAUGUCUCUCAGUGAAAGGCUGCUUGUAUGGAAAGCUGGAUUUUCUGCAGUCUCAGAGGGUUCUUACCAGUUGCUAAUUUUUUUAAAAAGAAGUUAAAGAUGUUUGUAUAAAGAAAUUUCUAAUGUUAAUGAUGACGAUUUAAAAAAUUCUAUAUAUUCAUAUGCAUGCACUUAUCACCACAUAAAUAUAUUUAAACUAAAGAUGGAAAUUGCUCAUGCAUAAAUUGUAAAGUUCCGUGCUUUACCCAUUAUUUCAAAAAGCAAUAAAAUUGACACUGUCUUCUAAAAGAC